AUGGCGGGAAGACCGCGCCAGCUGGACAGAGGCCAGCAGGUGGCCGCAGGCCGCCUGCCACCUGCGGGGCCACCUGCUUCUCUGGUCAGGUGUGCCCCGGGCGCUCCUGGCCUGGGAGAGGGAUCAGAGCUCUGGUGCCGGUGCCGAGCGCCCUCUCCGUCGCCUCUCUGGGAGUCAGGCUUGGUGCUGGGGUCUCCCGCUCUGAGGGGCGCCGAGACAAAGGCUCCAGGGCCGCCCGGCUCGUCCCUGAUAAUCAUCACUCACCAGUGUUGGCUGCGGCUCGGAGGCCAAGGGGCGCCAGGGAGCCCGGCAGGAGGAACCCGCCGCUGCGUUCGGGGUCGCUGGGCCGCGGUCCUGCGUUUCGGGGUCGCGAGACGCGGGCCGCCUGGGCCAGAGGCUCGUCCUCGCUGGCGCUCAGCGGUGGUGACUGACAGCGGCUGCUCUGGGGACAGGCACGCACCCCGCUCCCGCCCCGCCUCACUCCGUCUGCUGGCAGGUAAACGCGCGCCACUGGAAGGGCGGGGGACACGCGGGGACCCAGGGGCAGGGCAACCCUCCGAGUGGCGGGGCGGGGCUUUGCUCGUCACCGCCCUACGCUCCUCUCAGCACUGCUGUUUUCUGAACUUCCCUGCUUUGGAAACCUGGAAAGUGGGAGCUCGCAGCUCCCAAGUGAGGUCUAAAUGGCAUCGCCCACCAUGUACCAUGGGUUACCUGGAUCCCUGGUACCUGUUCCUGAUGAAGAGCUGGAAGUCUUCAUGAAGCCGAGACUGGACUUGGGCCUGGGCUAUUGUCUCAUCUCGUGUUCUACGGAGCGACUAAGUGUGAUCCACCAUACUCACAGACUACAAGAGCAUUAGAGCUACCCUGGCAUUUGCAGUCUUCGCCGAUUUCAUGAAAACCUUACUGUGCUCAUCUGAGUGACGGACAAGUUUCGUGUCAGGCAGAGUGCAGCGAAAGCUGCCUCCGAAGACGGCAGGAGAGGGUUUGAGUCCUC